UCCGGUGUGAGAAAGUUUCUUUUUCUCCUUUCAGCUGGGAAAGUCCGGAGAAGCAGUUAACUUUCAAGUACGUCUGCAAAAGCCAAGGAGGUGAUCACCCCCUCCAGUGCUGCUCCCAGUAUAUCAAAAGGUAAUUGAUCACCGCGCACCCGGGGACACCCAAUUCACAGCAGAGUGGGAGCAGGCAUCAUGAAUAAUCAAAAAGCCGUGGCUGCGCUGCUGCAGGAGUGCAAGCAAGCCCUGGAUGGGCUUUCGUCAGAGGUGUCUGACACACACGGGGAAGACGAGAGAGAGUACCAGCAGUGCAGAGCUUUGCUCCCCGAUGAUCUAAGGACCCUUAUCGAAGAGGCAAAGGAAAUGAAGUGGCCCUUUGUGCCGGAGAAGUGGCAGUACAAACAAGCCCUAAACCCAGAAGACAAAACAAACCUGCAAGAUAUAAUCGGUCCAAGGCUGCAUGACUUGCUGGUUUAUCUGAAAGCCUCCAUCAUGGUCAAGGACUAUGCAACAGCAGCUGCUAUUGUGUUCCUGACUGACCGAUUCCUAUAUUGGGUUGAUGCCUCCAGCAAACUUCUUCAGAUUGCCAAAGGCCUGCAUAAGCUGCAGCCAGCAACACCAAUUGCCCCUCAGGUGGUUAUUCGCCAAGCUCGCAUCUCUGUCAAUUCAGGUAAACUUUUAAAAGCUGAAUAUAUUCUAAGCAGCCUCAUAAAUGACAAUGGAGCUACAGGUACGUGGCUGUAUCAUAAGGAAAGUGAUAGGAUUCUUGUUCAGUCAGUCUGCUUACAAAUCAGAGGACAGAUUCUGCAAAAGCUUGGAAUGUGGUAUGAAGCAGCAGAAUUGAUUUGGGCUUCUUUGGUGGGCUAUUUAAAACUUCCUCAGCCAGAUAAAAAGGGGAUUGCUACAUCAUUGGGUAUUAUGGCAGACAUCUUUGUUUCCAUGAGUGAGAAAGAUUAUAUUCGUUUUAAAAACACUUCGGAGGUUGAUCUGAGCCUUCUCCAAGAGUCUGACCAUCGCUUACUGUCAGCUGCUGACGCCUGUAAGCUGGCAGCCACCUACAGCCAGUAUACCCCACUUUUUGUGCUCACAGCAGUGAACAUCCGUGGGGCAUGUUUACUGUCCUAUAGUCACUCCAGUGAAUGUCCUCCAGAGAGGAAAAUGUUCUAUUUGUCCGAAGCUAAGGAAUCCUUUGAGAUUGGCCUUCUCACCAAGAAGGAUAAUGACCCCAUAACCAGCAAGCAAGAGCUUCACAGUUUUAUUAAAGCAGCUUUCUUCCUUACAACUGUGCAUCGACAGCUCUAUGGGGAAAGCGAGAGCCUCUCUGAGGUGAGAUGCCUAUGUACAGAAGCCAUGGAGAAACUGUACAUUUACAUCACUUCAUUUACAGAAGAACAAGACAAAGGAAUGCUUUCCAAGGAGAUCAUGACUCUGAUCAUGUCUGUGAGGGAGUGUUUACAAGUGCAGAGCUUCCCUAAUUUAGAUGCCAAGUCUUACGUUCCAGACAGCUACAAAAGCAGUGUGGAAAAGCCUGUCUUGUGUGGUGAAGUGAACUUUGAGAAACUUCUUGAAAUGCAUUCCCAGCAUCAUAGGUCAGUGUGUGAAGUGUUUGAAAACACUUGCAGGAGCCAUAAAAACCAGCUAGGAGAGUCCAAAGCAGGAGCAUGUAUCACUGCCUUGAAAACAGAAACCAAAAAUAUAGACAUGGCGUGUAACACUGAAGAAAGAGGGUGCUGUAGGAAAGACACUGCCAAAGCCUCUGCCUCACAAAAACCCAGAAGAGGCCAUGAAAGGCUCAGUGGCCAAACAAGAAGGAAAUGGACCGGUUCUGGUGCAAUGAAAGUCUCCCUUAAGGAAGAGAUGGAGAUUGAGCCAUUAAACAGGGAAGCAAAUAAUGAAAGAAACAAGUUGCAAAGCAGAAGUCAAACUAUUAGCUCUUUAAAGUCUUGGAGCAAGUUGUCAAAAUCAAGUUCCUCUACCAGCUGGGAGGAGAUAGAUUUUAAUGACAACAGUGAGCUGCCUAGAGAAGGGCAGGAAAGGGAAGAGGGCUCAAUGGAUGAGAAGUGUUGCACAGCCAUGUCUGAAGCUGCUGAGGAAGAUGUUCAGGCUAGUAACCUGUCUUCCAGAACUCAUCAUCGCUCUCUUCAAGAGCCUCAGGGCAGCUGCUCAGGUCCUCCCCAGUGUCCUUUAAAGAAAAAUGGACCCUCAGCUAACAGGCUAAAGACUGCACCCUCAGACUGUAGAGAAGGGCUCUUCAGGAGGACAGAACAUGAAAGGGAUGCUUCAGAACAGAAAGCAGGGGUGGCCAACAGCAUAGAUUGCCAAAACAGUGCUGUUUCUUUCUUGGAUCCUCACCCUUCUGGUCCCAAAAGAUCUGACAAGGAGGUAGGUUCCUCUUGUUUGACAGAACGAAAAUCCUUCGAAAGGGUUGACCCCUCAGCAGAAACUGAUUCCAGAACCAAGGACAGCAACAGAGUUACCAGCGUUAUUCACAGUCCUCCCAACAGCAUCAAGAGUGGAAAUGUAAGAGAUGUGGGAAGGUUUAACAGAGUCACAAAACCAUUAUCAAGAAAUAACUAUAUGUGGAUUGACCCAGAAGGAGAAACUGUAGACUCUACAGAGGAUCUAUCAGCUGCGCAACACAUAACUAUAGAUAAGGUGCUUUCUACUAAACCUACAAACAAGCCAGAAAUGGCCAGUGAUUCUUUUGUAGAUGAUUGGAUUAAGAAAUCUUCUGCUGCCAUGGCUGGAAAUGGAACCUUUGAUAUAUCUGAAGUUGAUACCCAAGCAGAUACAGUGGAUGACUGGGAAUUUGCUUGUAGCAAUAGUGGGAGCUCAGUGAACAACUUUCCUGCCAUCAGUCUUUCAAGGCAUCAGGCUAGCCACAGGGAUAAAACUAGGGCUUCAUUAUCAGGGAGGAAGAAAUCAGUAACUGACCACUUCCACGAUUGUGCUACCACUGAGGAGGAUGAAGGUGAAAAUCUCAGGAACGUUCUGAACAAAAGCCACAGUUCAAGUUCCUCUAUGAAAUCAUGGUAUAAAUCAUCUCAGUUUUCCAGCAGUUUCUCUGAAUUAGAGAGUCCAUCAUUUCUGAACUCUAGUGGGAGCUCUUUUGUUUCUGUGCCUGGGAGAAGCAAGGAACAAAUCCUAGAAGCUCGCUUUCUGAGGGACGAUGAAUAUGAGAAGCUCUUGUCAGGUGCUGAGCAUAACUGGCUUGUGCAGAGACUGAAAACUACUGGAAUAUUCAAAACUAAUCAUCUGCAUCAAGCAUAUUCUGCUCUUCUUUUGAAAUACUCUAAGAAAUCUGGUCUGUGGACAGGCCAGGAAACAGCUGUAUAUAUUGGAGACUACCUGAGUGUGGCAAAGGAAGGCAAACAAAGGAGUGCAUUUUGGAUACACUUUCUGCAUCAAGAAGAAACAUUGGGAAGGUAUAUUGGGAAGGAGUAUAAAGAAGAAAAAGGACUGCUUCAUCAUUUCAAUGAUGUGGAACGACAAAUGACUGCUCAGUACUACGUGACAGAAUUCAACAAAAGGCUGUACGAGCAAAAGAUCCCAACACAAAUCUUCUACAUUCCUUCUUCAGUGCUUCUGAUAUUAGAAGACAGGUGCAUAAAAGGUUGUGUGAGCGUGGAGCCCUACAUCCUGGGAGAGUUUGUGAAGCUAUCUAAUAACACAAAAGUAGUAAAGGCAGAAUACAAAGCCACAGAGUAUGGGUUAGCCUAUGGACACUUUUCCUAUGAAUUUUCCAAUGCCGCAGAUGUGGUUGUUGACCUACAAGGUUGGGUGACAGGCAAUGGAAAAGGCCUCAUCUACCUCACAGAUCCCCAGAUUCAUUCGCUUCAUGGGAAAGAUGCUUCACACUCCACCAACUUUGGGGAAAAAGGCAUUUAUUAUUUCUUCAACAAUCAGCAUGUGGAAUGCAAUGAAAUCUGCCACCGUCUUUCUUUAACAAGGCCAUCAGUAGCAAACCCUACUUAGUCACGUACAAAGGUAGCAUAGCCAGUAAUGGCAACUAUAGUGUUUGAUCCUGUACACAUUUUUGUAGAAAGCUCUCUCUACAUGUGUUAACAGACUGUAGCAGGCUUGGACCAAAUGAGGGCUUGAGCCUGCCCAUCAUGGUGGGCUGACCCUGCCUCCUGCAGUUCCCUAGGGUUUUCUCCCUCUCAUUCAUCUGCCAUGUCUUGAUGAAGUCUGGAUCUCUUGAGAGGUUGCUUGUAAAUCUGAAGGGGAGGGGCAAUAAUCUGGUGUUACUAAACUAACUAGAUUCUGCAGUUAGCUCAUCUAGCCAACUCUGUCUCUCUCCAUUUCUUUCUCCUCCUAAUUUGCCUCUUGUGGGUUCUGUACCUCAACAGCCUAUACAGUGGCUUGUGGGCCUUAAUUGUGACCUCCCCCCUCCCCCCUAGCAAAACCCAUGCCUCAUGAGAGUCGAUCUUAAUUUUGUGGGACCUCCCAGCCAAGUCAGUAAGUUCCACCCCUUGGGUUCUCAUCCCUUUGUCCAGGCGUAAGCCUUUUUGGCCUUAGCUCCCUUUUCUCUAGCAAAGGCUCUUGGCUUUGGCCCAUUGUUUUGGGCCUCAGCCCAGAGUAUACCCUUGCCCUAUGCAAGGCUCAAAAUGCAAAAUGCCCUGCAGGCACUAUGCUGUGUGGCCUCCAAACUACCCCUUAACAGCCACUCCCAAGCCACCAGUCAAUAACACCCAAAACUCAACUGAAGUCUUUGAUUCACCUGAGUACACAAAAAAAAGAAAAAGAAAAGAGGGAGAAAAAUACAUAUAUACAAAUACACACGCAUGCACGUGUGUGUGUGUGUGUGUGCACGCGCGCGUAAAAAUAUUAUGUCUCAGGCCAAAUCAGUUCUGUAUUCUAUUGACUGAGCAGAGCUCAAUCAUUCAAGUCUGUGUGGCACUACCACUGGCAAAUAUCCUACCUCCUAGGCUUCAGAUACUCCCAGAUCCAUGGUAGGCAUCCUAAUGUGCAAGCCCCAAGCCAGGAGGCCUUGGAGUUCAGAUGCCCCCUAGUCUUGCUUGCCUCUAACCAAAAGGGCAAAGGAGCACUCUAGAGGAAAAGCCCGAGGGGAGUCCCCCAUCACCAUAAAUUGUGUAGCCAAGAUCCUCGCAUUAGAGGCAUUAUAGACUCUCUCAGGGGUCAACCUGCCCACAGUGCAAGGGACAGGCCUUCGCCCUCAACUACACUGAGUCAUUCAAGGCCAAGAAGAAGGGUAUCUCCCCUGCCAGGUCAGUAAAACCACCUGGACCAAAACCAUCAUCAUGGUAUCCCCACUGGGUAAACUAAAAUAGCCUUUAAACAUACCCCUUAGCCCACCAGUGUACUCAGCAGCCAGAAGAGGGUGAGAGUGGCCUACUAACAGUCCCUUCUUCUUCUGGAAGCCCCUUUCCCUCUCCUUGGCAUGGACUUAUCCACUUCUCCAGGGACAGCUACUUCCCUCUGACAUCCAGGGCCUCACUGAGGUCAUUUACAUGUUACUUCCCCUUUUUUUCCCCUAGGGAAGCUUUUUGUGCUGACCCAGUCCUUCCCCUAUUGGGCUCUAUGCUGCUGCUCACACACAGGUGUUGUUCCUCUUUCAUUUAGCUGUUUCUCUGGCCUUCCACCAGUUACUAAAGGCAAGUCCACAGCUUUGGAGCUGUCCCUACUGGCUCCACAUUUUUCCUAUCAGCUGGAAGUAUUCAGCUCCCAAUGAGUUUGGAUACCCUUUCAGAGCAGCCUAUCAUCAGCCCACUGAUCUCCCUUAUUGGCAGGAGUCCUCCUGCUGUGGUUCCCCAACCCCUUUGUAUUAUGGGAAUUUUCCCAGGCUCAGCCCCUUUCCCUUACUCAGCCUUUCCUUUGAGCUUCCAGGCCCCCUGGUUCCAUGUUCAACCCCCUUUUGGGCUCCCGGACCCUUGGCCCGAAGCACAACCCUUCUCUCUGGGCUCCAGACCCCUAGUCCUAUGUGCAGCCCCUCUCUCUGGGCUCCCAGUGUGGCUCACAGCCCCGUAUACCCCAGUGCCUUGCUACACUCCCUCCCUUAGAAACAGGACAUAUGUCCCCUGUUACACAGAUCCAUGCAAGACUCUUCAUGUGAGUAAAGUCACUUCUAUAUCUAAAGUGUCUGAAAGAUCUGUUCCGAGUUGGCAAUCCCAUGUUACCACUUUGUGGGCCAGCUGAAUACAGCUUGUUACAUAUAUCUGUUGGAAUUAAUAAAAUUGUGUAACAGUACAUUCGAAUAGCACAAAAGGGUCACAUCUACAUGUGCACUUUAUUAGUAGACUAAUUAGAUGAGGAGUAAAACUUCACUGUUUCCAUGUGUGAUGCUAUUAAGCUGCAGUAACUAAUUAAUCCUGCCAUAACUGGAUAGUGGACCAGCCACCUAGCCACACAGCUGCCUGCCACCUAGCCACACAACUCCACAUUUUCAGCACCUUCAUCCCCCAGCCAGGCCCUCUGUCACCCUCCACUGCUACCCAGAGCCCAGGGCAGAGCAUAGUAGGAGCAGCCCUGGGAUAAACUGCUACACCAGCUCAAAUUGCUGCUGUCCAAGGCACACAUGUAGACGCUGCACCCGGGACUAGUUUACUCUGGCUCAAACUGCUCUGGAGUUUACUGCUUCACAUUAAUUGCACAUGUAGAUGCACCCAGCAUAGCCAAAUGUGUGUUCAGAAUCAGCUAUUUUAUUUUAGCUAUUUGUGUUUAACUCUAUUAAUGAUUUUUCACCAACUGGUGUAAAUGUCUCAGGUGUCUAGAUAUAAGCACUAAAGAUGUAACUUCUUCUCUGUGUAUACUUUCUUAUGGAAGAUUUUUAAAAGUGUUUUAAAAUACUCAUUAGUCUUGACUAAUUGUCAUGGAGCAAAUCCUACAGCCUUUGUACAAGCUAAAAACUACGAAAAGAAGCCAAAAGAAGUUUUUCCAGAGUAAGGACUGCUGGGAUUGGCCUGAGCUUGUUAAUAUGCCCAUAGGAGACUAAAAACACCCGCCAUCAGGAGUGCUCCAAAUUUAGGGGCUGUCUCGUAACCCCUAUUAAGAUAAGCAGCCCCUUUGAAAUGAGGGGAGUGACUUGUUUGAGUUACAGGUUUACAGGGGCAGGCUCUUUUCCAGUACACUCAGGUAUAAACUAAGGGAUACUAAAAUAGUAUAGGUUUCCCUUGCUUUAUGCUGUACAUGCGGUUCUGGAAAAUGGCAUAUAACUCAAAUUCACAUAAAGGGAACCCACUUUACAAUGUAACAAAUAGGGAUAUGUCCCAAGACCUUGACUGUACUGACCACAGACACAUUUCUACCACUUACAAACAUGGCGUUGCACUACUCCCAGAGCACAUGCAGCUCCAAAAGCAUAGGCACCAGCUGCCCUGAGCAGUGGCUGUGGGCACUGCUGCCAGGUGGCUUCAUGGCUCCCAGCUCCAGGGUGCCAUGCUGACAGGGCCAGACUGGGCCAGGCUGCAGAGGCAAGUGUUGUGGCCUGGCCUGGGCACCACGACCUGGCUCAGCCUCUUCAAAUAAGUUUUUCUUCCUCCACUCCCAAAAUGCACCAUACAAAGCAGGUGACUGCAGGCUUCCACUACACUGAUUGCAUAAGAGUGAAUUUACCUCGCAUAUAAUUAAUUUGUGGUAUAAAAAGGGUCAUUGCAUAAGAGUGAAUUCAUACAUACAGAACCCACAUAAAGUGAGGGAAACCUGUAUAAAUAAAAGAGCUGUUUUGGGAUUCCAAUUAGGUGGAAGAGCAUCCCCUGCUAUUCUCAACACCCAGAGAUUUAUUCUGAUCUUUCUUCAUUAUAUGGUCAAACUGUUUCCUGGAGCCAGUGGGCAGAAGACAGAAACUGUGCUUAACUAUCCACUCAGGCACUGGGGGGACAGAGGUUAUGAUAUCCUGUUGGCAGCAAGCAAAACAUUUUGAAGAUAUUGUGCCUCACAGGUAUAGCUCGCAUCACAGUGAGUGUGUCUACACAAGAUGCUUUAUUACACAGCAGACAAAUUUGCUGCACAGUAAAGCAUCAGCGUCUAUUCCUGCUCAGCAAGUAGGGUACAAUAGACUAAUUUACUGUACUGCCAGAUAGGCCUGUCAGAUACAAGUGGUAUCCAGUAAUGCAGUAAAUUACUGUGCUUAAACACAUGUGUAGACAGUGCUGUUGGGAUUAGUUUACUUUGGCUCAAAUUGAGCUGGAGUAUAUUCAGUCGCAUUAACUGUAUGUAUAGAUUUGCCCAGUAUCUCCAAGGGGUUGAGCUUGAUGUCUAAUGGCAUAUUAGAGCCCAGUGUGCUCCUCCAGCAAACCUUCUCCUCUCUCCCUUAACAUCAUCUUAUUGCUGAUAGCUUGAGAACCACCUCAUCUGUAAUCCUUCUCAUGGGAAAGGCAUUCCUAUGUCUCUCUACUCUGUUCCCAUCUAUUUCCGAAUCCACUCUGAGAUAAGAUCUUUGCUUAUAGAUCCUGCUUUCCUUUUCCUUUAAUUUUUGAAAAUAUCUUUAUAUUUAACUCCAUAAAAUGAUGCUGUCAGAUUCCCUACAUGCUCUAUCAAUAGUUUUGCAGAAUAUAGAAGGUUAUACAAAAAUAUAAUACUGUUGCCUUUAUGAUUGCAAAAAUAAGUUGAAGAAAAAUAGCCUAGACAGCCUGGAACAGCAAUUCUAAGCAAGAAGGAAAACUGCCCUUAUCCAGUUGAGCAGUUCACUAUGAAGUGUAAUGAUGACUAAAAGAAUGUGUUUUUCAGGUAACAUAGGCAGGUAAUUGAACUUUUUGCAAUUGUGGAGGUAAAUUAGGCAACUGCACAUGCAUGUGGUCAAACAAACAAGUGUCAGAGACAGAAGAAAGUUCCCACCCAAAUGGUUCCCAUUGGGUAAUGGUGAAUGCAUUAGUAACUUACCAGUUAGAAUCUUGAUCCACCUCCCUUUAAAGACAGAGAAAGGGAGUUCAGUGCUUCGCUUUGACUUCUAAAGGCUUAGCUAUGAUAUCAGGGUCAUAUUCUGGCCAUCCUUUGUAUAAGCCUUCCAUUCUCAUCCGUGGGAGAUCUGCUGCUGAUUGCUGAUAGUUUCAUUCAAUAUGUAAUGCAGCCCUCUGCUCUGAUGGGUUUGAUGUCCCAGCAUUCUGGGGCACAGUUACGCACAAAACUGUUUUAAAAAUAAAAACCUGUGAUAAAAUAUGGAGACAGCAGGGGCUAGGUGGACGGGAGGUCUGUCUGUCAGUAUAAAUCGUGUGAAUGAAGCAGAAGUGCCUGGGAAUAUUCUGAGCCUCAGGAAAUAUAAGUACAUAUUAACCACACAACAGCCCUCUCCACCCCCCCACCCAACGCUACUCCCCCACCCCCCUUAUCGCUUGCUGUGAUGUUCUCCCCCACUCUCAAAUAUUUUAUUUAAUUGGACCCACACUUCCAGGACUUUCCUUGGAGUUUUCACCUGUUUUCUGGCUGUACCGGGAAUGUCUUGCUAUGCAUAGCCAUACAGUUGCUGCUUUGAACAUUUCCUUAUAUUUCAUACAUUUUAGCUGCAUGUUUUCUUGUUGUUCACAGUUUGAUGCUAUACAAAAAAAUACACUCCAGAACCUCUGAUUUUUAACAUUCCCACUCCCUGAAUGUCCUCUGGUAUGUCUGCUGUCCACAGGCUUCAAUAGUGUUCACCCGGCAUAGAAGCAGCUGCUGCAGUUUACUUUUUAUGAAACAAUCUUUUGUUUUUUUAGAUCAAAGCCUGUAAUUCAUGGACAUGACCUUCUAGGACUUUUGUAAGCUACCACCUGGAGAAUUGGAAAGCAGCAAAUGCAGAGUUAUGUCAUUCCCUUCCCAGAAAUCCACUGGGGAAGUAUUCAAGUGCCGGAAAAUGUCAGCCUCUGGCUGAACCAGAUAUCUGUUUUCUUAAGUUUCCCUAUUGGUCCAGUUUCCCCAGCGGUAGUGGGUGCAUCAGUACAGUGUACCCUCCAGGGCUUACACCAGUGGUCUCCCAUGAAAAAUAAACAAGUUAUUUAUAUGGAAGAAAAAAAAGGCAUCUACCAAUGGUAAAUUACAGUGUCUGCUAUGCACAGAGAUAUGUUCUUAACCGCAUAGCAUGGUUUUGCUAAGGCCAGCUUCAUCCUUCAUGUAACUCCACAGACAUGUGUGGGUGCCUUUGGCUCCAUGUGAGCCUGCAAGACUAUGUGACAUAGUCUGACUGGCUGAAGAGUGUCAAAUCUUGGAGCAUACUGAGAUAAAAUAUUGUAGUGUAGUUGGAGUGUCCAGGAUUGGUCUGAGCUGUAGAAUAACUAGCUGUUUUAUUCUCUCAUUCCUAUUGAAGCUUUAUGCUGUCAAAAUGGAGUUUGGAAAGCAGCUCAUACCCUUCUGGUGUCAUAUGCUAUAGAUGAGAGGGCUUUACUACGGCAGUAAUGCUUUGCUAUGGCAGUAAUGCUUGUAAUGCAGACAAGCCUUAAGAAUAUAGUUGAACUAAGAUAAGUGUUUUAAAAACAUGUCAGGCCAAUACAACUUAACUGCUACACUGUAAAAUCCUAAUGCAAGCCAGACACAUUGUAUUUAAUAUGAUAGCUCAUGAAGAUGAACCCUAAACUCUAUCUUAAUUCCACUGCCUAGGUAACACUUGGGAGAAAUGCUGCCUGUGUUAGAGUUUCAACAUUCCUCUCACUUCCCCCUCACUUCUCACUUCACAAUACACAUCUUUGGGUCUUGCCCUCCCUCACUCCCUUGAUCCUCUAGACUAGUGGUUCUUAGCCUUUUUUGUACCAGGGCCCAUUUGUAAACAUCAAUGGCCAGUCCUGACCCAGUGCCCCUCACUCCUGCCCCGCUGUGUCCCAUCACCAGGCCCCAGCACCCCAGUGUUUAGGGGGGGGAUGUAUGGAGGGCAUGGCAGGGGGCCCCAAGCAGCCCCUCGCCGGCUUGAACUCUCCCAGCCUGCAAGGGAAAAUCCAGUUUCCCAUGUUUUUCUCCUUUAAAGGAGAAUUCAUUUUUAAAAUUUGUUCAUGACCCUUUCAUAUAUUCUUGAGACCCACUUUUGGGUCGCAAGCCACGGGUUGAGAAACGCUGCUCUAGACUAUGGAAAAUGAGUUUCCAUUCCUGGUACUUCAGAAGAAAAGCAGGGAGAGGGGAAAGGCAAAGGAAGAACUUCCAAGCCUUUUUUUUAACAUCAAAAUGAAGGGAGAAAAAGGCACAACAAACCCAAUGGUUUUAAAACCCUUUUCAGAUCAUCCUGAAUUAAAUCAGAAUGUGCCUUGAGAUGAAAAAAAGUACUUAAAGUGGUUAUAUUAAAAUACACAAACACCUCUGAACAUAUUGGCUACAUCACCUCUAAAAUACUGAUAUUCUGAGAGAAAAGACAUAUGAGAAAAGAAAUACUGAGAGAAAAGACAUAUGAUCCUAUAGCCCCUGAAUGUUGUUUUCCUGGAGCACUGACCACUAAACACUGCGGGUCUCUUUCUAUGAUGAUGCCAAACACAGUAGGUUUGGGUACAUUCAGUCCCAUAAUGGGCUUGGCUGUCAAGUGGCUUGACUUGCCUCUUAACCAAGUUAAUUUGGUUCUCUGUGGAUUAGUUUCCCAAUCUAUAAAGUGAGGAUAAUAAAAACCAAUGUACCUAUUUCAUAAGGGGCUGACAAAUGUUUGUGUACAAUGCUCUGAAGAUGCAAAGUACAUUGUAUAGUGACUGCUAAGUGAUACUACUGUUAAUGUUCCCCUUGUAUCUGGAGACCAGCUAAUGGCCCCAAUCCUGCAAAUUAUUCCAUGUGGCAGGAUCUUGUGCCUAUGUGGGACCCCAUUAACUUCACCGGCGCUCCUCCUCUGUGCAGGAACGAGGGUCCCCCUACAGGAACAGUGUGUAGGACUAAGCCGAACAUCAUUGCUGCUCUGGGAUUGGCCUUUCCGGAUAGACUAAAAUCAUAAGUUUUGUCUUUCCAAAGAAUCUGCCAGCACAGCCAAGCAUUUUUGCUGAAGGUCCAGAACUGUGUGAAUGAAUGGUGGUUAUUUGUCCUGUAGUUAAGUGUAUUUUUAGUAGAACAAAGUUGUUUUUUUUUUAAAUAAACCUAAAUAUGUCUUAAAGUUCCAAUUUCGUGCACCAGAAAGGUAUCUGUUUGACACAGGGUUUGUUUGAGAAGAUUUUUUUGUUUGAACUGGAGGGGAAAGAAAAGUGAGUACUAAAGUUCCAUAAAGAGAUGGGUCUCCAAUACAAAGUUAGGCUUAACAAAACCAUCAGCUUUUGUUUCUUCAGCCAGCAGAGAUUUUAGGCUUUUUGUUACUGCUUUUUAGUGCUGCUAUUGUUUUCAAGGUGAUGUCUGUACUAAGUUGUUUGGAUAUACAGAUGCCCUAUAACUGCACACAGCAGUGGAAACUAGGUGUAAAGAGUGGGAAGUUAGAAAAAAAAUUAAAUCUCUUUAUUAUGGUGCAUAAACCUUCGGUGCUGGGGAGCCGUGCAGCUGCGCAGCAAGAAAAAUGCAUUCAAAAAUAUAAUGCAAGUGUGAAUAAUCCUUUCUAAAAUGCUGCUUGCAGACUGCUCCAGCUUUGUCAGGUGAACUUGAACUGGGCCAUCAGAUUUGCUCUCAUUCCCAUUGCACACUGUCUAUCACCCCAGGGCAUUCACCAUCUUGACUGUUGUUAAAAGAGAGCAAACAAUCCAUCAUUGAGCCUGGGAGUCACUUUCUUAUAGAAAAGUAAAAUCGGCAUGUGACAGUACACUCAGCUCAAAUGUUUCACAGAUUAAAAUGAUACAUGAAAACUCACGUGUUACUGGGAAGAUUAAGUCGGUUAUCUUGUUCCACAGCCAAUAAAGAAGAGUGUUGCCUGCAA